AUGGCUACUACUGUGAAAAAAAGUCGCGAUCAUCGGGGCAAGUGGGCUACUAGAAAGCCGCAUAGCUAUUUAUUUAGUUAUUGCACGAUACAACGUAAAGACUCGCAGAAGCUGGUUCCCGCCGUACUACAGGUAGUCAAGACGGAACUCAACGAUGAGGCCGGCUUGACUCAGGCUUUUCGGGAACAGGAUGUUUUUAUCAGCGCCGUCGGUGUACCAGCGUUUGAAAACGAGAAGAUCUGGCUAGACGUUGCCAUCGCUGCAUCCGUGAAACGCAUCAUCCCCUCAGAAUUCACCACAAACCUAGAAUCUCCUCUAGCAAUCCAGCUCCCCGUCGCAACCGAAAAGGUGAAAGCUCGCCAAUACCUUACGUCGAAAAUCACCAGCUCUUCCGCACCGACGACUUGA